GGAGGUGGCAGAUGUAGUGUGAAGAGAAUGAGAAGUAGGAAGGAAUGAAGACACUGAUAGAGAAAAUGCAGAAUAUAGAAAAGAGAAGGAAGGAAUAAAUACAGAGGUAAUGAAAGUAAAAAUAAUUGAAAAAGAAGUGACUAAAGGAAAGAGGAAAGAAGGGAAGAAGAGCGAGACGGUGAAGUGUAUUGAAGUGAACAAGGAGAAGACAACCAGAGGGGAAAAAAGUAAAUGAAAGUCAGGAAGACGCGGCAAUUGCAUCUCAGUCUGCUUGGAGAGGGUUAUACAUUGCAUGCACACAGUUUCAAAGCCUUUAUUUAUGUAUGUAAAUGCCAACAGUGUCACCCACAACAAUUACAAGCUGAUAAAUGCAAAGAACAAAACAAUAACAUCAGGAAGAGAUGUAAGUCGACACCAACAGUUUUGUUUCUGUUUUGAUUUCCAGUAUCUCAUAAAUAUUACAAGUUACAUGGGAUCUUGACAAGGUUUGUUGCUUUUGAAAUUCAGGAAGUAGGAGGUACUGCCAAGUUGUAAAAUGGAAGAAGUUAUCUUCGAAAAUCUCCGGUGUCAUCCACCACCAAGGAAUGCCCCCAUCUUACCUCCACGACGUGUACAGAGUGAAAGAUUGCAUAUUGAUGGAGACAUUUUAUCGUACAUUGUUAAUGAUGAAGACAAAGUAGGAGUGUAUAUAGCAGCUGAUCCUCUCACACAAGACAGAAAUUACUAUGAGGUUGAAAUCCUAGACAGUGGAUUGCAGGGAACUAUUGCCAUUGGUCUAGGACCAUCACGGUAUCCUCUUGACUGUCAACCUGGCUGGAAUGUUGAUUCAAUUGGCUACCAUGCUGAUGACGGUCGGUUAUACAAGUCUUGUGGUAUUGGCCGGCCAUUUGGUUCAAAAUGCUUGACUGGUGACAGAAUUGGCUGUGGUAUAAAAUUUGACCAAACUGAUGUGAGUGGUGUACGCCCUCUUGUGAAAGUUUUCUUCACCAGAAAUGGAGAUGAGAUUGGUACUGUUGUUGUGCCCUGGCCUCAUGGAGGACUUUUUCCUAUUGUUGGUCUACAUUCUGAAGGAGAAGAACUAGAGCUUCAUUUGGACAGCCAUUUUCAGCAUGAUGAAGUUAUUCUAAUGACCGUUGACAAUAUUGAUGAUGAAUGGUCCCGUUUGCAUCAGAUUCGCUUAAAUGGAUGUAUUAUGGAAUACACAGGUCGAGGAAAAAAGCUUAUAGAUGUUGGUUUGGCACAGGCAAGAUCACCACUUGACCCCACAUACCAUUAUUUUGAAUUGGAAAUUGUUGACCCUGGUGAGAAUUGUUCUAUUGCAAUUGGACUUGCCCGACGAGACUAUCCAAAGCAUCGGUAUCCUGGAUGGAAUAUUGGUUCAAUAGCCUACCAUGCAGAUGAUGGUAAAGUAUUUGUUGGAUCAGGAGUUGGUGAGCCUUUUGGUCCACAAUGCCAUAAAGAUUACCAGAUAGCCCCAGUAAAUUCCAAAGAAUCAAUACUACUGCUGUUAUUAUUAAAUAAAUGCAGAUGAAUUAGCAAAAAAAUUAUCAGAUGCUAUAACUGCUGUGUUGCAUCUCAUAUAACCCCAGUGCAUAGUAGAAUGUAGAGUAUAGCAUACUAGGGUACACAACCUACGUAUUAUUUUUUAAGCUUUCAUACAACUACUUUUGUGCUUUAGUACAACAGAUUUGUGCCUUUC